AUGGAAGGAUCAAGUCCAGUUGAUGACGAACAAACUCAAUUAGUUAAUCGACAAGGCACAAGAACUUAUCAUGGAUUACUUGAUCCACGUGGACCAUAUCUUAGAUGGGUUGCCGUAUUUUUUAUGUGCUUUUUAUCAUUUGGAUCCUAUUACUGUUAUGAUAAUCCGGCCGGCUUAGAAGAUGUAAUGAAAUCUGAUUUAAAAAUUUCUUCAUCAACUUUUACAGCAUUUUAUUCUUGGUAUUCAUGGCCUAAUGUUGUACUUGCUGCUGUUGGUGGUAUAUUAAUCGAUAAAUGGCUUGGUGUAGCUCGUGGUGCAACUGUAUUUUGUGCAUUUAUUGUUGUUGGACAAAUUAUUUUUGGUUUUGGUGGUUAUUUUCGCUUAAUAUGGCUUAUGAAUGCUGGUCGUUUUGUAUUUGGUAUUGGUGGUGAAUCAUUAUCAAGUGCACAAAAUGCAUAUGCUGUUUCAUGGUUUUUUGGAAAACAAUUGAAUUUUGUAUUUGGUUUACAACUUUCAUUUGCUCGUGUUGGAAGUUUAGUAAAUAUGAAUACAAUUCAUCGAAUUUAUGAUUCACUUGAUAAAGAUUCAACUGGUCCACAUCGUAUUGGUACAACACUUUUAAUUGCUGUUUCAACUUGUUUUGUUUCACUUGUAUGUGCACUUAUUCUUUGGACAUUAGAUAUUCGACGACGAAAAGUUAUACAAGAAGAUCAUCCACAUGAUCCAGCUGAUGAAUUUCAUAUUCGCGAUAUUCGACAUUUUUCAGCUUCACUUUAUUGUGUUUUUAUUAUUUGUGUAUUUUAUUAUGUUGCAAUAUUUCCAUUUAUUGCUGCUGCACAAUUACUUUUUAUAUCGAAAUAUAAUUUAUCACCUACUUGGUCGAAUGCCUGUAAUAGUUUAGUCUAUUUUAUGUCAGCUAUUCUUUCACCACUACUUGGUUAUGUUGUUGAUAAAACUGGUAGAAAUCUUUAUUGGUUAAUGGGCAGUAUAACAACAACAAUAUUUGCUCAUGCUCUUCUUGCAUUUCUUUUUGUUCAUCCGGUUGUACCUCUUGUUUUAAUGGGCAUAUCUUAUUCAAUAUUAGCUGCAUCAUUAUGGCCAAUGGUUGCUUUUCUUGUUCCUAAAAAAAUGUUAGGUACAGCCUAUGGAUUUAUGCAAUCAAUUCAAAAUCUAGGUCUAGCUGUAAUGAAUAUAUUUACUGGUUUAAUUCUUGAUAGUUAUGGUUAUUUUAUUCUUGAAGUAUUUUUUAUCAUAUGUCUUGAAAUAGCAUUAUUAGCUGCAGCAUUUCUUUACGUCUAUAACUCAAUAAAGAAAGGCAUACUCAAUGAUUCACCAUCUGCACGACGUGCUAAACAAGAUUUACUUGAUGGUAAAACAGAUGCCACAAUAAAUGCCGUAGUCGAUUCACCAGUAUCACCUGAUGAAAACAAUGGAAAAGUUUCUUAUACAUAA